GUGGGACUUCCGGGAGCGCAGGUUGGGCAUAAAGUGAAAGACUUCACCUCCUUAAAAUAGGAAGAAAACACAGAGGACGACGCGUCAGAAGUUGUAAAACAGUAAGGGAUCAACAUAAGACACAUAGACUUUAAAUACUAGUGUAAUGAUUUUCAGACAUGGACGACAUAAACCUUCAUUAUCGCUUCAUGAACUGGAGGAGACGAAUUCGAGAAAUUCGUGAUGUCCGGGCUGUGCGUUACCGGGAGCGGCUCAAGAGAAUGUUGAGAGAUGGAGAUGUACUCAGGUAUCAUGGGAAUUCGGAUGAAGUUGGCUGUUUUGUAGCUGCAAGGCCGUUAUCCAAAAGGAAUCGCUACUUUGAAGUGACAAUCGUUGACACAGGAGUGAGGGGGAUGAUUGCUGUCGGUUUGGUACCUCAGUUGUACAAACUGGACCAUCAGCCCGGCUGGCUUCCAAAUUCUGUGGCUUUCCAUGCAGAUGAUGGCAAGCUCUAUAAUGGCAACACAGUCGGGCAGCAGUUUGGUGCAAAAUGCUGCCGAGGCGACAGAAUCGGUUGUGGAAUAUCGUUGGACUCUGACGAUGGACAGAUAACUGUGUUUUUUACCAAGAAUGGCGAUGAAAUCGGCAGUGUUGACAUCCCGGCGUCUCCUGAUGCUCUGUACCCUGCAGUCGGGAUGCACUCGUUGGGGGAAGAAGUGCUCCUGGACCUGAACGCCGAUUGGGGAACAGAUGAUGAUGAUGCGCAGAUGAUAGUUGAUAGUCACGAAGAGGACUGGGCCCGUCUCUAUGACGUCAAGGUGACGGGCACGCUGCUGGAGUACGUAGGGAAAGGGAAGAGCAUCGUAGACGUGGGCUUGGCUCAGGCUCGCCGCCCUCUAAACACACGCUUCCACUAUUAUGAGCUGGAGAUCACAGAUGCUGGAGAGAAGUGUUACAUCGCCCUGGGGCUGGCACGCAGGGACUACCCAAAAAACAGACAUCCUGGUUGGAGCAGAGGAUCCAUAGCUUAUCAUGCAGACGAUGGGAAGUUGUUCCAUGGAAGUGGGGUCGGGGACCCUUUUGGGCCUCGUUGCUUCGCGGGAGACGUCAUGGGCUGCGGGAUCAUGUUUCCACGUGACUUCAACCUCGACGAUGACGGAGACGACUGGGACCUGGACGUGGUUCCCAAGCCUGUCGAGGUCCAGAAUGAUUUGUAUGCAAACAAUGAUGAGGAUGAGGAGGAAGAAGAAGAAGGAGAAGAUGUGGAGGGGAGGAAGGUCAUGGUGUUUUUCACUCGAAAUGGAAAGGUGGUGGGAAGAAAAGAAGUGGCCUUACCAGCAGCAGGUUUCUAUCCCACCAUCGGUAUGAUGAGUACCGGGGAGAAGGUCCGGGUGGACCUGCAACCCCUCAGCGGCUGACUGGUAAAAUCAGAAAAGGACGAACGAUGAAGCUAAGGGAAUGGGACAGUGAAUGAUACCCUCACAUCAAAAAGCUCCAAAACGUCACUUUAAUACGGGGCUGGGAGUCGGCUCCUUCAUUGUAGACAAAUCACUAAAACAUGCUGGCAAAACGUGUUAUGAAGAGUGAUCAAAAUGUUAUUUGUGCCAAAAAAACAUGCUUUGUUAUGAAUAUAUUUACUGUUUAAAAAAAGAAAAAAAGAGACUUUUGAAUGUUAAAUAUUACUUUGGCAUAUAAAUCACAGCAGGAUGUUUAUUAAAAUGCCAACAAAAAGGUCUCACCUGAGGAAUAAAUGCUAAGAUAGAGCAGAUCUUAGUUAACACAUGGAUUCUGUUCAGUAUCAGCAAUAAGAGAUCUCAGCUUUCUGCCUUCUGAGCCUCGACUGGUGGAGCAUUACUGACACUCAGUGGUCAGAGCGCUCAGUCUCAAUAAACCAGCAGAGUCUGUGGGACUCAGCUUUGGGCUGGUGGUCUGACGUGGAGAAUCCAUCUGGACUUUAUUCUGAGGAACUAAGUUUCAACAAAAAAGCGAAGUCAUCAAAAGCAUUUUCAAACGCAGAAAUCUGUUUUAUUUAGAUGCUGUGAAGACCUUUAAAUCAGGAUACUUUAAACCCAUUUAUCAACAGAACACAGUUUUUAAUCACUUAAGAUUCUAAGAAUAAAUCCAGGCGAUGAGAUGCGAAUUGGAAAUCAGAUCUCAGAUUUAGGAACAACUUAUUCCCUUAAGCUAAACACAGUGCAGUUAUACUUGUGUUUUUUUGUUUGUUUUUGAACAGUUUAGUCAUUUUAAAAACUUUUUGCACCUAUGAGCACACAGGUGGGAUUAGACAGAUGUGGGGACAACACCGUGUGUGACUGUCUUUUGGGCCUUUUUUUUAAUCUGAGAUUAAAACUACAUAAAAGUGCAAACAAACAGAAGCUUUGACCCAACGGUUAGUGAGAUUCCUCAGCCUUUUCAAAUUGAAAUCUCGGUUUGAGAUGCUUUUAAUCAGCAUGUGAGAAGAAACUUCUCUUCUCAGAAAGAUUCAAGCUGUUGAAGGAUGUGACGGUGGUGGGCCCUUUUUUGUUUUUACACUUUUUUUGUUUCUUACAGUUUGUCACUCCGUAUAACAUCACACUUUCUUUCUUUUCAUACAUAUAAGCAAGGUAUAGAAAGAAAAAGAGGCCUAAUUUUUGUUUAUAUUAAAAAAAAGCCAACCACAGAGCGUUUUGAGAAACUAGAAUGUUUUUAAGAAUUUAAAAAUAUGGAUGCUAAUUGUGAGAAAAAUGCUCAGUUUUUAAUUAUCAGGGCAAGAAUCAAGGGCUAAACAUGGUGACGCUGUAAUAUUUUCUUUUUAGUUUGAAAUUGAAAGUCUGCGUGUCAAAAAAGAAGCCAUACUGUAAAGCUGACGUGCUGCUCUCAGGUACAUUUAAAACCCAAAUUUAAUUUAAGUUUUUAUGUUAGCAGUUGGGAUGUUUUUGGAGUUUUGCCCUUGUUUAAUUUUGUUUUCAAUUCAACUUGAUUGCCAAAAUAGUUUUACAGAUUAUGCUGUUAUCUUUUUAAUUGCCACUAUUUUCAACUUUAAAACUGCUGACAAUCUUGUGUUUUUAAACCAAAUUUUACUUGCAUAUCAUGUAUUCACAAGAAUGCUAAAGAUUUUGAGCCAUUUGUGUGUUCUUUGUCUGUGUGCAUACAUUGCCCCCUGUAUUUUAUUUACAUGUAAUCCCUAAAAAAUGCGAUAUUAGUCGCUACAUAACACUUAUUUCUAUCACUUAUUGGUACUUUUUGGUUACAAUUUUACACAUAAAUAUUGAAGUGGCUCUAAUUUAAAAAUAGAACGUCUGCGUGUAAACAUAGGACAGAAUGAGCAAAUCAUCUGCAAAACAUUUAGUCUUUUUUUUUUCUAAUAAUUAGAUAUAAAAGCAGACGUUGGUUCCUGCAGAUCUUAAAGGUCAGUCUAAGAACCAAAGAACCAUUGCAUGUUGGACUCCGGACCCUUCAGGAAUAUUUAAUACGUCAUCAGUGAUAAGUUUGCCCUGUUCAUCGCAUGUUUUAUUGUCUGGUUCGUUUAGGAGUUGCUGCUAAUUUGUGUGCUGAGAGUCCUCUUGGUGUUCAGUCACGUUAGGCUGGACUGUUUAUUUAACUCCUUUUUCUUUUCUUAUUGUUCAGUUUUGGUGAUACUUCAUGUAAACAAGGAAUGAUCUUUUGUGAACUUUCUUCAUCUUGUUUGUACUGCACUCACAUGUAUUUUUUUUUUUAUUUCAGCUUGACUAGAAUUUGUACAAUUAAAGCAAUUAUGCCAAAAAUGUUAAUAAAUUAAUAUUUAAACUUUA